AUGGAUAGCAGGAAAUAUGGCGAGAAAGAUCAGACUCUAAACGGCGCCAUCGACGGGGAAGAGUAUAACGGCAGUGAAGCUGCAAAGGCACCACUAAAUACAAGGCCGGUACAGAGCCCCAAUACCCAGCACCCAGCGAUCGACGUCGAUGGAUUGAGUUGGCCAAGCCAAGGAACACUUCAGAGGAAGCAGGCCACCAUGAAGGAAAAGGAGGAGCAGUUAGCCAAGCUCUCAGGCGCUGUACGGACAAUCCUGGAAUGUGUGGGCGAGAACCCCGACCGAGAGGGUCUACGUAAUACCCCUGAGCGCUUUGCAAAAGCCAUGCUCUUCUUCACAAAAGGCUACGAAGAGAAUCUACACACCAUCCUAAACGGCGCUAUCUUCCACGAAGACCACGAAGAGAUGAUAAUCGUGAAAGAUAUUGAGUUCUUUUCCCUCUGCGAGCACCACCUUGUGCCAUUCUUUGGGAAGAUGCAUGUCGGGUACAUUCCUAAUGGCCAGGUGAUUGGCCUGUCCAAGAUCGCUAGGAUAGUCGAGACGUUCUCGCGGCGACUUCAAGUCCAGGAACGGCUCACGAAGCAGGUUUGCCGUGCGCUCUCUGAACUGCUCAAACCGCAAGGCGUGGGCGUUGUGGUAGAGUCCAGUCACCUUUGCAUGGUGAUGCGAGGGGUGGAGAAGACUGGAGCAAUUACCACCACCAGUUGCAUGCUCGGGGUGUUGCAGUCGACAGCUCGGACGAGGAAGGAAUUUUUAAACUUCGUCAAUCGCAAGUAA